AUCAUGAUGGCACGGCAACACCGCAUACACGCUGCCUGCACAUUCCCGCUCAUCCACUUUCCCACCACCAAGUGACUGCCAGUCAUCAUCGUAUACCAAGCAUUCAUCGGGAAGUGUGGCUCUGGUUUGCUAUAAAGGCACGCACUGAGCGCACAGGACUGCCCGGUAGGCAGAGAUCGAAUCAUCAAGAGCAAAACAGGAGAAGCCAGUCGAGUCGAGCCGAGCAUGCCUCCCAAAGGUGGUGGUGGAGGAGGAGGGGGAGGAGGGGGAGGAGCAUACAAGUCGCACCAUCAUCACAAGUCCUCCAACCCGCGCGAUACCGCUGCAGCGACAGCGAACAGUACGAGCGGGAGCGCGAGCAGCAAGUCGACUGCUAUCGCAGCGACUCCUCAAGCACAUCCGCAAGCGCAGGCUCAGACGCAAGCUCAAGCUCAAGCUCAAGCUGCACCUUCAUCAGACCUCGCACCUCUACUAGGUCUCACACUUUCCCUCGUGCUCUAUCCCAAUGGUAAUCCCGUCUCUUCGUCUCGAACAGAUGCAAAUCAAGCAUGGCAGACGGCCGGAUCGGGGCACAAGAAGGCAUCUGUCAGAGGAGGAGGAGGAGGAGGAGGAGAUGCGGCAAUGUCGGAAGAGAAAGGCGAAACGGUGAUUGGACAAUUGUGGGCGUACGACGAGGCUUUGGGCGUAGUGGUUCUGCAGUGCGAUGCCUCUGCUGGCGGUGUAGGAGGUGCGACGAGCAGCACGGGAACAAAUAUGGGCGCGGCAUGCAUCAAUCCCACUGUGCUGGCUGCUGCUUCCAACGCUGCGUUGGGAGGUGCUUCGCCCAACACGAAGCCAUCGACAUCGUCGGCCAUUUCGGAUCCGAGCAUCAUCUCGGCUGGCAAGAAUGUCCCUUCUUCCUCUUUCUCUUCCCCUGCUGCUGCUCCUGCUGCUGCUGCUGCUCCUGCCCCUGCUCUUCUCGCCCGCACCUCUUUCAGAUUGCUCAAGACUCGAAGCAUCAAAUCCGUCUCGCUCGUGCAGACUUCGAUCGGUGCGGCAGCUAGCGGAGCAUCUCAAUUGAGCGGCUUGAACAGCGUGAACUUGGCACAGGUGGAGAAUAGGGAGAGGGUGGCUGCUUUGGAUUCGAACAAGAGGUAUAAUAGGAUCGGAAAGGGAGUGGGAAGAGAGGGUCAGAUGGUCUUUGAUGCGCUCGACAAGACUCUUCCAUGUCGAUGGCACCAAACACACAUCAUUGUCAUGGAUGACAUUGUGAUUUCCGCACCCUACGUGCCCAGUUCGGUCAGCGUGCCAGGCAUCCCUACGGAUCUCUUGUCGCUCUUGGCAGAGGGAGAAACGCCAAGCGCCAAGCAACAAACGCAGUUGCCGCAGGGUGCGGCGGGUAAAGCUAGGAGCUGGAAACAGGUCUGCAAAGUGCUGGAAGGGGAGAGGAAAAAGAUUAGCGUGAGGCUGGCAGCGGAGGGUAAGGCUUGAUGUGGAUUGUGGAGGGGGGCAAGCGGCGAGGGGCGAGUGGACACGUCGCAUCGGGUUGAGAGGGCAUGUCAUGUGGGGGUCCCCGGCUUGAGCGACUUGCAGUGCGAAGCGAGGAGUGGAUCCAUGAAGUCUACUCCUUCCCGAUCAUGCGUACGUCUGUGCCAUCACACACACAUCACCUGCCCCUCGUUGCAAGCAAGGAUGCAAUCACGAUGGUUUCCCGCGCCCCCGAGGGACAAUACCACGAAGCACCG